AUGAUGUUGUCGCUUAAUUGUUUGAUUCUAGGACAAGCUUCCAAAAAAGGUUUCACCGAAGAUAUUGGCGAAAGAUAUACCAACGAUGAUAAUCUUGAAGUCGAAUUUUCCAAAUUUAAAGUUUCACAUUUAAUAGAGAAGCUCAUUCGUAGGCAAACCAUAAAAGAUAUAAAUCAAAAUUCUGAACACAUUGAUCUUUGGAAAGUUGACAGUACGAAGGUUGAUGAAGAAGACGUCAAUCUUGAAAAAUUUACUGAAAGUGACAUCAAAAGUAAACUCGGAGCGGGUCCUUCGCAAGGUGUUCCACAAGGACCUAACUGGAACGAUGCUUCUUCCAUCUACGAGUGGAUACAACAACAGUUCACAUUGGACCGAAAACGAAAACGAGUAUGUCUUACCUGCUUUGGCAAAGACUUUGAACUUCUUCAACGAGAUGACACCAUUACAACUCUCUGGAAUGCUGGUGGACCUGGGAUUGGAAAAAGCAGAAUCCUAGACGAAGUUGAAGGAUUAAUCAAGAAAAAAGCUGAGGAAUCUCGCAAUAAUGAUUUCACAAAUAUGAUUGUCAUCAAUACAAGCUAUGGGAAUUCAACCACUGCUGACGACAUUGAUGAAAAGGUUCAAGCACAGGUAUCUCUUGCAAUACGUAUUCUAUUUGAGUACUUUCGACCAAAUCACAAUUAUUUUCCUCAGGAUUAUAAUUUUGUCAGCUUCCGCUCAUACAGUAGGCAACAUCACAAUAAUUCAAACAUUUCAGACUUUACCCUGGACACUGCUUUUCAAAUUAUCUACUAUGACUUUAUGCAAAUUAAUCAAACAACACUUAAUCCUCAACUGGUCCUGGUACUCGGCAUCGACGAGUUCAAUAAAUUGCAUGUUCAAAAUAAAAAUGUCUGUAAGAAACUUAUACACGCCAUUGGAGGGUCAAUGUGUGGAUCGCCUGCAAUCAUAUUUUUCAUUCCUAUCCUAGCUGGAACGAUUGAAGGACCCUUAAUUGAUUAUAUUUCAGGUUCUAUGCACGAACCACUUCCCCUCCCACUACGUUUACUUAAUGAUGAUGAUGCAAUCAGAAUUGGUAUGAAAAUGAAUUUAAUUGAUGAUGAAUAUGUCAGCCUGCAUCCAUAUUUUCGAAUAAGUAUUAGUGAUAUUGGAGGACAUUGUAGAACAUUGGAGUAUUACUACGAAAUUUUUUCACAAAAAUUUAUAACAGAACACGUUAAACUAGAAACAGAAGAAAUAUUGAUGACAGAAGAGGAGAAACUAAAAACAGCUGCUCGUAACGUGAAUAUCGAGAAUAUCAUGGAAUACGAUAGGAUUGUAAAUAAAUAUCAUCUUGAGCUAAACUCAUGUUGGUUGACAAUAACUCUUGCAAAGGCCAUAUUGGAAUACCUUAUUCGCUUACCUUAUGUGUGGGAUGAGCCGAUAAAUUGGCAGAAUUUCGAAGAUUUUAAUGCCAAAUUAUGGGCAUUACGCCUCAAUCUCUUUCGUUUAAUAGGAUAUGAGAAGAUUAAGUUGAAGACCCUUUGUAAGGGAGCGGAAUUUUCCCUUAGUUUUCCAGAUGUUGAAGUUGACUUACCUAAAGCUAAAAAUAACAAAUUGUACAAAUUACUACAUCGAUACCCAGUAAGAAAUGGAUAUAUCGACCUUGAUUUACUGAAGAAUGAUAAUAUCAAGGAAUAUAUUGGUUGUGUAUUUCUUAAUGCGCCUGGCCCUCCUUGGGAUGUCUCUUGGUUUCUUAAUGAUGAAAGUUCUAAAUCUGAAAUUUGCGUAGUUCAACAAGAGAAAUUAGCAACUACUAUUAAGGUUGUCAUCGACCAAGAUUUAUUCGAUAAAGAGCAUGCAAAGGUUAUUAAAGCUAUGAGACGAAAGAUUGGGCUUUAUUAUUCUUAA